AUGGCCCAGUGGGGCCGCGCUCAGGUACCGGCGGGACCCCCCGGCACCGGCACCCCCGCCCCCCCGGCGGGACCCCGGGCCCGGCCGCCCCUCACCGCCCUCUUCCCCCCGCAGCAGGACCCCGAGCGGGCGCCCGAGGCCUGGCCGGGCGCGGGCCCCGAUCCCGGCGCGGGCCCCGGCGGGGCGGCCCCGGCGGAGCUGUCGCUGCGGGCGGUGGCGGCGGCGGAGCGGCGGCUGGAGCGGGGCGUGGAGGCGGCGGAGCGGCGGCUGGAGCGGCUGGAGCGGCGCGUGGCGGGGCUGGAGCGCACGGUGCGGGCCGGCGGGGCCCGGCUGGCCGCGCUCCUCAGGGACAACUCCCGCCGCCUCCGCCGCAUCCAGCGCCAGCUCCGCCGCUGCCGCUGCGGGGGAAACCGCACCGGGACCGGCACCGGGACCGCCCGGGAGCGGACACAGGUGCCAGCAGCGGGCGAGGGUGAGGAGGCCGCUCUGCCCGAGCAGGAGCUGAGGAGCAGCGUGGGCAGCCGGGAGCUCCGUGGGACUGCCAGGAAGGGGAGCUACGAGGCCAUGGUCCCUCUCGGGCCUGAGGAUGCUGGUUCCAAAGCUGCGCUGCUGCCACCAGCCGAGGACAGGGAGGAUCCAGGGAGCCCCGGGCUGCCGGAGAAGGGAGCGGUGCCAGGACAGCUUGGUGACAGUGAGAUGAUCGUGAUCAAGACGGAAGAGCAGCAGCCGCAGGAGGACGGAGCCGAGCUCCUGGCGCUGCCGAUGGUGCCCGCGGUCAGGCUGGACGAGGAGGUUCCCCUCGGCCAGGAGCAGCCGGUGUCCUGGGAGAGCCACGGCGUGGCGGGGCCCAAGGCGGCCGGGGAGGGCCUGGGGGAAUUCUGCCUGGGGGAAUUCAAGCCGGUGGUGGUGCCGGUGGAGGCUCACCCCGCCCCGGGGCUGCCGUUCCCCGCGGAGCACGCCCUGGGCGCGGGCACGGAGCAGCCGUUCGCGCUCGCCCAGGGGAUGCCGCUGGCAGAGGACCCCGCGGCCGAGGUGGCGUCGCCGCAGCCCGGCUGGGAGCAGCAGCAGCAGCAGAGCGCCCAGGACGAUCCCCGGGCGCUGCCGCCGGGCUGGAAGAGCGUCCGGCUGACACGGAACCUGCUGGCGCGGCAGCAGAGCCGGGAGAGGAAGAGCAACGGCUCCUUCAUCUGCACGUCCUGCGGCAAGAGCCUGGCGCACCACGCCGCGCUGCUGCGGCACCAGCGCCUGCACACGGGCGAGCGGCCCUUCCAGUGCCCGGCCUGCGGCAAGAGCUUCAACGAGAAGUCCAACCUCAACAAGCACUACCGCAUCCACACCGGCGAGCGGCCGUACCGCUGCCCCGCCUGCGGCAAGGGCUUCGUGCAGAAGCACCACCUGCAGAAGCACCAGCGCAUCCACGGCCCGCAGCUCCGCAGCGCUUGGCCGGGCCGGCCGGCGCGGGGCGGCGCCGCCGGGGAGCGGCUCUACCGCUGCAUCGAGUGCGCCGAGAGCUUCCCGCAGAAAGCGUCGCUGGAGGAGCACCAGCGGCGGCACACGCAGCAGCGCCCCUUCCAGUGCCACGGCUGCACCAAGAGCUUCCGGCACCGCCAGUCGCUCAACCACCACCAGAAGGUGCACGCCGUGAGCGCCUCCCCGGCCGGCAGCUUGCCGGGACACGAGCCGGAGCUGGAGCCCUGCGAGGCUCUGAGCCAGGACAAUCGGUAGCCAGAGGGACGGAGAAGGGAAGGGACAGCGGUUCUUCAGCGUGGGACUUGUGGCAGCACCGGGAGUUUGUGCGCGGUGCUGUGGGACUCGGGGCGGCACCUGGGUCUCGGGAGGAGGAGGAGCAGGAGCCUGCUGUGCUGAUGCUGUGGGACUUUGGCACCACCU